CCGGGAGCGGCCAGGUGGCAGAUACGGGAGUCAGAAAAGAGGGAAGACACGCCAGCAAAUCACAUGUACACAUGGCAUUCGUCCAUUUUUGCAAACACGUGUAUGCACACGCUGUGCACAUGCUGCGAGCCCGCCAGUGGAUGGCCGGCACUCAGAAUGGCUUCCUACAGAAGGCGCACUUCGGCCUCGGCUCCUCCUCGAAUUCCUCAUCUUCAUCACCGCCAUCAUCUGCUCUCUCAGGCGGGCCCGACAGCACACGGCGGUAGCACUCCUCACAAAAACACACGCAUCCUACCCCCACACAACCAGACACAUUCAAACAUUUCCACAGAGAGAAAUGAAUGUCAGCCCAUCCCCCGCCUCUCUCUCUUCCUCACUGACCGCAGGGGAGUGCGACGGUCCGUUCUCUCGUCUGGCAGGCCACACACAUGCGGUCGCUCUCGUCCUCCUCCUUCUCCCUCUGGUCGUGCUGCGCCUCAGCGCGCCGCUUGAAGCCCGCCAGCCGCACCAUCUCCUCUCCCGCCCGCGCCGCUAUGCUUUUGAUCUCAGCCGCAGACCCACACUGGUGGAGUCGGUCGUCGGUGAGGCGCUCCUUCUCGAGCGUGGCAUUCUGCUGCUCGAGCCGGUCGAUGCGCGUGUGGUGAGCGGCGAUCUCUUGCUUGAGCUGUGUGAUGCUGUCGUCCUUGACGGUAAGGAGGGCGCUGUGGCGCUGCAGUUGGCUGUCCUUCACCCUGCACAUGCCGACAAGAGAAGCGAUGAACGGAUAAAUGGAGUCGACCCCCUUUCUCACCGAAUGGUUUGGUUGAGCUGGGCAACAGUGGAGUCGUGUGCCUGUUUGAUCUCCUGUGCCUUCAGAAGUUCCUGAUGGAAAGAUGAAUGCGCCACACGGCACAGCACACCACAGCAGGGCACGAUGAUGGAACUGAUGCCAUGGCCCAUUUAUAUAACCACCACCUGCCUGAUUGAGUUGCUCUAAUAGGUCGAACACAGCCCCCCUGCCUGUCCUGAUGGCUGCCAACUGCCUCUGCGCCCGCCGCACCGAUGAAACACUCCCAAAGUCAUCUACUGAAGCUAGAAUGGACGCUGCUUGGUCGGCCGCGGCGGGCGAGAUGCGCGACAGCCGCUCGCGCACCUCCACCACGCCACGAUAGACGUCCACCUGCUGCACCUUGUUCUCUCGGCGGAUGGCGAACAAGCCCAGGAGCGGCUGCUCGCUCACACCGCCCACCGAUACGAUCUGCAACACCUGUGUAAAGAAAGACACGCUGUGUGCGGUAGCACCAUAUAGGCGCAUUCCAUUUUGUGAUUGCUUUCUCUCUCUCUCUCUGUGUGCAUGGGGUUAACGAAAAGCGCAUCGGCACGAGGAGUCCAUCAAGAAUGCAAACUAAGAACUAGCUAGCUGUCCCUUCA